AUGCUGCUACUGCUGGAUUGGGACGAGACGCUGACAUCUCACGAUACGCUCUCCCUCAUCGCACCACCCGAAGGCUCUCAACCGCACGGCGCAGCAUUUUCGACCUACUCUUCCGCCUACUCUGCGGAUCUCGCAACAUACAAAUCCCAACAUGCCGAGCCGCGCACGUUGGACGAGCAGCUGGAAUGGCUGGACGGUCUGGAUGAGGUGGAGCUGAAGAGUCAAGAGAGAAUCGAACAGGGUGGACUGUUCAGAGGCGCACUGGAGGUUGAUCUGCUGCAAAGGGCAACUCGGGUGCAGCUCAGAAGAGGCGUGGAGAAGCUGGCGCAAUGGGCGCAGAGCGAUGGACACGAGUCAGAGGUGCACAUCAUCAGCGUAGGGUGAGGCACGAGCAGGAGCAUGAGCAUGAGCAAUGUGCAUACGAGUCAACAGAGUCACUCCAGCUUUGACUGCACACGAGCGCGCUCGUCACCGGACAUCACACGCACGUCGCUAGUCUCGAGUUGCUGACGAUGCAUCUUUUGCUUCCGCUCUCUUGGCGCAAAUCGAUCACCUUGACCGGUCCAGAUGGUCAGCCCGCUUCAUCGAAGGCAGCCUAACACACCACCUCUCCUGGGUGCCCAAUAGCAUUCACGCCAACGAAGUCGAGCUAGACUCUCAAGGCAUUGGCACUGGUCGACUCACCAAAUCGGCCUCCGUCACCUCCUCAUCCGGCGGUAUUCGAACAUCGACGCACAAAGCAGCCGAAGCGGCCUUGAUUGAUUUGCAAGCUCGCAAAGAGAGGGGUUUGAGAGGAUUGACAGUGUAUGCUGGGGAUAGCGGUACGGAUCUGAAUGCCCUUUUGAGUGCGGAUCUGGGCAUCGUCAUGGGAGAGGCAAAGGGACUCAAGGAGAUAUUGAACAGGAUUCAGCAGCCGGAUUGGUUGGUCGAGAUGAACGAUUGGUUGGAGGAGAGGAGGAGUGGGACGAGACGAGCUAGAGAUCAUACACUCGUCAGAGUCGACGAUUGGCUGCAGGCGGUGCAAGUGCUUCAAGAGCUGCAUCCAUAG